AUGACUUUUCAAACCCACAGGGUCGUGACGAAAUUUUCAAUGAAAUGGCGGUGUUAUCACAGAUGAAGCAUAGAAACGUGGUGAAGCUGUUGGGGUGUUGCCUUGAGACGGAAAUUCCCAUGCUUGCCUAUGAAUUCGCCUCCAAUGGAAGACUUUCUGACCAUAUCAAAGACCUAUCAUGGGAAGACCGUCUAAGAAUUGCAGCCCAAGUAGCUGAUGCACUUACAUAUAUGCACACGGCCACUUCUACGCCCAUCGUACAUAGGGACAUAAAUCCAUCCACUAUUUUAUUGGAUGAUAACUAUUCCCCCAAAGUAUUUGAAUUAGGGCUCUCUGUAACAAUUCCUAUAGGACAAACGCACGUAGAGACACCGGUAGCGGGAACCAUUAGCUAUAUGGCUCCUGAACAAAUGACACGAGGCCUAGUAACAGAAAAGUGCGAUGUCUAUAGCUUCGGGCGGCUUCUUUUUGAUCUGCUUACCCAAACGCUUUCAGGAGAUCCGAUGGUAGACACGUAUAGGGUCGUUGAUUUGGUCAUGUCAUACAUCAAAGAUAAAUUGGAUGCUGGCAAUUGGAGCAAGGGAAAGACAGAUCAAUUGUUGGCUUUUGCAGUGCUUGCCUCAAGGUGCCUCAAAUAUGAGGGUAAGGAAAGGCCAACCAUGAAGGAAGUGGUUCAAGAGCUUAGAAGGAUAAUAAGAUCAUCUUUGGAAACAAGGAAUACAACAGAAACGGAAAACUUUUCCUUGGAGGAAGUGCAUCAGGAGCUCAGAAGGAUAUCAAGGUACUUGUCCAAAGCAAUGUUUAUGACAGAAACGGAAAGACAUUCCAAUGUUAGUGAUCUUGAAAGACAUUCUGAUGUUAGUGAUCUUGAGAGACAUUCCGAUGUUAGUGAUCUUUCCGAUGUAAGAGAUUUUUCUCCAAGGUAAUCCAUGUAAAACACCUUUUUUUUUUUUCCCGGAUUUAAAGUUGUAGGAAUGUUAUACUGUUGUUUGGUGAGUAUCAUUUGGUUGUGCUGGUUUAUGGCUAUGAAAUUCCCAAUUUCUCUUUCUUUAUUUCUAUC